UUGUUUCUCUGCUAACUCACCAAGACUCUUCCUGCCCAGGUGGGUUCUUUAGCAUUGCCAGUGGGCCACCCGGCAGGCUUAGAGGCUCUAGCCAGCCUUCGCCCUCCCCUCGUGUCCCUUAGCUCUUAGGGUGGGCUCUGUGCUGAGUCCCGACUCCAUUCACCCAGGAGGCAUUCGACAAACUCCCUACCAGUUAGCUGCAUGACUGUGUGAGCGCAUAGCGUGCCCUGAGCCUUGGUUGGCCCGUUUGUGGUGUGUGCGUGAGGUCAUGGAGUUCACAUUUACCAUCAGGAUCAGACCAAAGCCUUGUCCCUGUGAAGGCUUGCCAGGCAGGAUGCUCCUGCUAGAUGGUAGGAAGCUCUUGUCCCUGGGAUGAGUGCAAGGGAAAGGCAGGUGGAAUCUGAGGUCCACUUGAUGGCAGGUGUCAGCAGGGACUCAGUGUAUGAGGACGUGUAUGACCUGGAGGCUCAGGUAUAAGCAGGCAAAGGCCCCAUGCUCCGAGGCAAAGGGGUCCUGGUCCUGCUCUCUGACAUCUGGAUUGAGUCACACACACACACACCCAUACCCAUCACUACCACUGCCAGAUUGUUGUUCUGUAUCCGGGAGCUGGCAAGGGACCUUCAGCAGGUUACCUGAGAGGAUGAGGCUUAGUGCGGUGAGGGGUGAGGGCUCUGACCCCUGGCUCACCAGAGUGAAAACUGUUGCCAUUAAACGCUGUUAACAGCAGGAGGUAGCCUGCCUGAGCCUCUCAGUCGGCAGAUCCUGGUCUGAUGUCCCAGCUUAGCCACACUCUGGGAAUUUUGGUCAGGUCACCCAGCGUGUCUGGAUGCAUUCUGGUUUUCCCCCUGCCUUGUGAGCUGGGAGCUAUUCAUGGUAUUCCCAACCCCGCAGGGAGGACCUUGGGACAGAGUGAGACUGUUCAAGCACUCACCAGUGGCCUUAGUCUGUUUCACGGGCUGCAAGUGUACACAAGAGGUUGAAACUUUGUGUUUUCUUGUUUUUUGUUUUUUAAUCUGAGCCCUGGUUUUCCUCUCAAAGUUGGGAUUGGGCCUUGUAAAACUCCCCAAGCCCCUCUGGGGAGUGGAUUUUCCCUAUGCACGGUGUCUCUUGACAUCAUGCCAGCCUGGUGGAUGCCCAGGCCUCAUUUUCCUCUUGCACCCUGCUCCUCUCUCUUCCCCUGCCAUCCAUGGGAUUGAGAGAGAGGAGAAUGGCUGCUUAUUACUGUUUGCCUACCCCCCUGGGCCAGGCUCCAUAGUCUGUGUUUUUUUUCUCAAUCCCAUGGGAAAGGUAAGUGGUAUUCUUUCUGACACACACACAUGCACACAUCCCAUUUUACAGAUGAAGAAACUGAGGCCCAUAGCUUCCAAGGAAUAGCCGGCUCAAGAUUUGCAGCAGGAUCUCUGUCCCCUGAACCCACACCCCUUUCCUGACUUCUCCCCCAAUCCGUUCUCGUUACUCCCGUCAUCCCGCAGGAUCGGAGGAGUCUCUGCGUCAUUACGCUGAGCUGGGGAGAGGCAGCUGGCUCAGUGGUGAGCUGCGUGGAUCUGCCAGCCACGCCACCUGGGUUCAGACGUCACCUCUGACGGCUGAGUGACCUUGGAUGUCCAGCUCGCCGCUGUCCAAGAAACGUCGCGUGUCCGGGCCUGAUCCAAAGCCGGGUUCUAACUGCUCCCCUUCCCAAUCCGUGUUGUCCCAAGUGCCCUCGGUGCCAACCAACGGAAUGGCGAGGAACGGCAACGAAGCAGAUAUCGAUGAGGGCCUUUACUCCCGGCAACUGUAUGUGUUGGGCCAUGAUGCAAUGAAGCGGCUCCAGACAUCCAGUGUACUAGUUUCAGGCCUGCGAGGCCUGGGUGUGGAGAUUGCAAAGAACAUCAUCCUUGGUGGAGUCAAGGCUGUGACCCUCCAUGACCAGGGCACUGCCCAGUGGGCUGACCUCUCCUCGCAGUUCUACCUGCGGGAGGAGGACAUUGGGAAAAACCGUGCUGAGGUGUCACAGCCCCGCCUUGCCGAGCUCAACAGCUACGUGCCCGUCAGUGCCUACACUGGACCCCUUGUUGAGGAUUUCCUCAGUGGCUUCCAGGUGGUUGUCCUCACUAACAGCCCCCUGGAGGACCAGUUGCGUGUGGGCGAGUUCUGUCACAGUCGUGGCAUCAAGCUGGUAGUAGCAGACACAAGAGGCCUGUUUGGGCAACUCUUCUGUGACUUCGGAGAAGAGAUGAUCCUCACGGAUUCCAAUGGGGAACAGCCGCUUAGUGCCAUGGUCUCUAUGAUCACCAAGGACAACCCUGGUGUGGUUACCUGCCUGGAUGAGGCCCGACACGGGUUUGAAAGUGGUGACUUUGUCUCCUUUUCGGAAGUACAGGGCAUGACUGAGCUCAAUGGAAAUCAACUCAUAGAGAUCAAAGUCCUGGGUCCUUAUACCUUUAGUAUCUGCGACACCUCCAACUUUUCUGAUUAUAUACGUGGAGGCAUCGUCAGUCAAGUCAAAGUACCCAAGAAGAUUGGCUUUAAAUCCCUGGCGGCUUCGCUGGCAGAGCCUGACUUUGUGGUGACGGAUUUCGCCAAGUUCGCUCGCCCUGCCCAGCUCCACAUUGGCUUCCAAGCCCUGCACAAGUUUUGUGCUCAGCAUGGCCGACCACCCCGGCCCCGCAACGAGGAGGAUGCAGCACAGCUGGUGUCCCUGGCACAGGCUGUGAACGCUAAAGCUUCGUCGGCCGUGCAGCAGGAUAACCUGGAUACAGACCUUAUCCGGAAUCUGGCAUAUGUGGCAGCUGGGGAUCUGGCACCCAUCAAUGCCUUCAUUGGGGGCCUGGCUGCCCAGGAAGUCAUGAAGGCCUGCUCAGGGAAGUUUACACCCAUCAUGCAGUGGCUGUACUUUGAUGCCCUUGAGUGUCUCCCUGAGGACAAAGAGGCCCUCACAGAGGAUAUGUGCCUCCCGCGCCAAAACCGCUAUGAUGGACAGGUGGCUGUAUUUGGGUCAGACCUGCAAGAGAAGCUGGGCAGGCAGAAGUACUUCCUGGUGGGUGCAGGGGCCAUUGGCUGUGAGCUGCUCAAGAACUUUGCCAUGAUUGGCCUGGGCUGUGGGGAGAAUGGAGAAAUAAUUGUCACAGACAUGGACACCAUUGAGAAAUCGAAUCUGAAUCGACAGUUUCUGUUUCGGCCCUGGGACGUCACGAAAUUAAAGUCUGACACGGCUGCUGCAGCUGUGCAUCAGAUGAACCCACACAUCCGGGUGAUAAGCCACCAGAACCGUGUGGGUCCUGACACUGAACGCAUCUAUGACGACGAUUUCUUCCAAACUCUGGAUGGUGUGGCCAAUGCCCUGGACAACGUGGAUGCCCGCAUGUACAUGGACCGCCGCUGUGUGUACUACCGGAAGCCGCUGCUUGAAUCAGGCACCCUGGGCACCAAGGGCAAUGUCCAGGUGGUGAUCCCCUUCCUGACAGAGUCCUACAGCUCCAGCCAAGACCCACCUGAGAAGUCCAUCCCCAUCUGUACCCUGAAGAACUUCCCUAAUGCCAUUGAGCACACUCUGCAGUGGGCUCGGGAUGAAUUUGAAGGCCUCUUCAAGCAGCCAGCAGAAAAUGUCAACCAGUACCUCACAGACCCCAAGUUUGUGGAUCGGACAUUGCGGCUGGCGGGUACUCAGCCAUUGGAGGUGCUGGAGGCUGUGCAGCGGAGCCUGGUGCUGCAACGACCACAGAACUGGGCAGACUGUGUGACCUGGGCCUGCCACCAUUGGCACACCCAGUACUCUAACAAUAUCCGGCAGCUGUUGCACAACUUCCCUCCCGACCAGCUCACAAGUUCGGGAGCGCCCUUCUGGUCUGGGCCUAAACGUUGUCCUCACCCACUCACCUUCGAUGUUAGCAACCCCCUGCACCUGGAUUAUGUGAUGGCUGCUGCCAACCUGUUUGCCCAAACCUAUGGGCUGGCAGGCUCUCAGGACCGAGCUGCCGUGGCCGUACUGCUGCAGUCUGUACAGGUCCCCGAAUUUACUCCCAAGUCUGGAGUCAAGAUCCACGUUUCUGACCAAGAGCUGCAGAGUGCCAAUGCCUCUGUUGAUGAUAGUCGUCUAGAGGAACUUAAGGCAACGUUGCCCAGUCCCGACAAGCUCCGUGGAUUCAAGAUGUACCCCAUUGAUUUUGAGAAGGAUGAUGAUAGAAACUUUCAUAUGGAUUUCAUUGUGGCUGCUUCCAACCUCCGAGCCGAAAACUAUGAUAUUCCCCCUGCAGACAGGCACAAGAGCAAACUGAUUGCAGGGAAGAUCAUCCCAGCCAUUGCCACGACCACAGCAGCUGUCGUUGGCCUUGUGUGUCUGGAGCUGUACAAGGUAGUACAGGGGCACCGACACCUCGAAUCCUACAAGAAUGGUUUCCUUAACUUGGCCCUGCCCUUUUUCGGUUUUUCUGAACCGCUGGCUGCACCACGUCACCAGUACUAUAACCAAGAAUGGACACUGUGGGAUCGCUUCGAGGUUCAGGGACUGCAACCCAAUGGUGAGGAGAUGACUCUCAAACAAUUCCUUGACUAUUUUAAGACAGAGCACAAAUUGGAGAUCACCAUGCUGUCGCAGGGUGUAUCCAUGCUCUAUUCCUUCUUCAUGCCAGCGGCGAAGCUCAAGGAACGGUUGGACCAGCCGAUGACAGAGAUUGUAAGCCGCGUGUCAAAGCGAAAGCUGGGCCGCCAUGUGAGAGCGCUGGUGCUUGAGCUGUGCUGUAACGACGAGAGCGGCGAGGACGUCGAAGUCCCCUAUGUCCGAUACACCAUCCGCUAACCUUCGUCUGCUCUUUUAGGCCGGCCCGACAACCUGUUCCCGAUCCCUUUCAACCCCGGGUUCCCAGUUGGCCUCCGGCAGUGGCCCACCUAGCCAGGCCUGGUGUUCCUUUGUCAUCCCCUACCUAUCCCGAACCCUUCUUGCCACUGCUUUUUACCUUGUUUGGAACCUGAAUCCUAAUAAAAAAAAAAAUUAACCCAUA